CGCACCACAACAGCAAGAACACUCACCCUUCAACCUCUCUCUCUCUCUCUCUCACGCAAAAAGCCCAAGAAGAUGGCCGAACUCAUCUUCAACACUUGUUUAAGUUUUCUGGCACUUGCCCUCAGCAUCUUCAUGUUGUUGUCCGAAUUGCCAUCACCGGCAAACGCAGCUUCAGUUCAGUACAACGUAGUCUCUCUCGGCGCAAAAGCCGACGGCAAGACUGACUCCAGCAAGGCCUUCCUGAGCGCAUGGGCAUCAGCCUGCAAGUCAACAAGCGCCGCCACUGUCUACGUGCCCCAGGGCCAGUUCUUCGUGCAGUCCGCCUCUUUCAAUGGGCCAUGCAAGAACUCGGCCAUCACGGUGCGCAUCGACGGCACGCUUGUUGCGCCUUCUGACUACAACGUGAACGGGAAGGUGGGGAACUGGAUCCUAUUCAGGGACGUGACGGGGUUGUCCGUGCUUGGGGGAACCCUCGACGGGCAAGGCACGGGCCUCUGGGCUUGCAAGAGCUCCGGCAAGAGCUGCCCUGGUGGCGCUACGAACUUGGAAAUCAGCAACUCCCAAAACAUAUUAGUGAGCGGACUCAGCUCCCUCAACAGCCAGAUGUUCCACAUCGUCAUCAACGCCUGCCAGAACGUGAAGAUGCAAGGCGUGAAGGUGUCGGCCUCCGGGACCAGCCCCAACACCGACGGCAUUCACGUCGGCGCCUCCACCGGCGUCACCAUCCUCAAUUCCAAGAUUGGGACGGGCGAUGACUGUGUCUCCAUUGGCCCUGGCAGCAACAAUCUCUGGAUCGAAAAUAUUGCAUGCGGACCCGGACAUGGCAUCAGCAUUGGGAGUCUGGGCAAGGAGCAACAAGAAGACGGUGUACAAAACGUGACGAUUAAUACGGCCACAUUCACCGGCACGCAAAAUGGAGUGAGGAUCAAGUCGUGGGCCAGGCCGAGCAACAGUUACGCGAGGAACAUCCUCUUCCAGCACGCCAUCAUGAACAAUGUCCAAAAUCCGAUCAUCAUCGAUCAGAAUUACUGCCCCGACAACUCCGGUUGCCCGAAUCAGGCUUCGGGUGUUAGAGUGAGCGACGUGACGUACCAAGACAUCCACGGGACAUCGGCAACUGAGGUGGCCGUGAAGUUUGACUGCAGCUCAACGCACCCGUGCACCGGAAUAAAAAUGCAAGACGUGAAGCUGACCUACCGGAACCAAGUGGCCACAGCAUCCUGUGCCCAUGCUGGGGGCACAGCUUCUGGCACGGAACAGCCCUCCAGUUGCUUGUAAUCGUCCCCAUAUUACAAAACCUAAAAUAAAGGGGAAAAAAAAAGAUUCCAUCCCUGAUCUUAAUUAGGGUUGGUGAAGUAAGUCCUAAUAUUUGAGUUAGGAACAGAAGAAAUUAUGUAGUAGGAAACAGUUUGUUCAGUGUGUAACACAAAAUAGGUGCUUGAGCCUGUGGCGUGUCCUAGCUCAAAUUGUUAUGGGCUGGACUAGUGGAGCCUGGCCUUGCAUCUUAUUUUCAAUGAAGUUUUCUUUAGGUCACAGAAGUUGAAAUGAAUGCGGCUUGCCAGAUUUCGAUUCUUAA